CGCUAAGGAAAACAUUGCAUUUGAGUAAAGAGAAGCUAAGUCAACAAAAUCAUUAAGCCAAUUCUGGAUCGACACUUAACUGUUGUAGACAAAGGUCUUAUGACGAACUAACAUAAUUCCAUUUAUUUCUGUUUUACAUUGCAGUAAAAUAGUUUUUAUUUUCUCAAAGAUUAUAUAAGCAGGACCGGGAAGAUGGUGGACUUUAGACGAGAAUUAGGGCCUCAACUUGAAGACCUCAGAUCUAAAGGACUCUUCUGUGACGUCACGAUGGUGUUUUCUAAGGACAGGCGGAAGAUGCAUGUUCAUCGAAACAUUUUAGCCAGUUGCAGCCAGUACUUCCGGACUCUGUUCACUUUCAACAUGACAACAUCCGGUCACAUAGAGGUGGAGAUUCCCGGAGUAACGUACUCAGAUAUGGAGGCUAUUGUCCAGUUUGCUUACACCCACAAGGCUAACCUGAAUGCUAACAACAUUGAGUCAGUUAUAGUGACCGCUGAUAGACUCAAUGUACUGGGACUACUGAAGACAUGCGAAGAUUUUUUAUUGGAGCAUAUGAACUCCGACAAUGCGAUAGGGAUCUACAAGAUUGCCAAGUAUCUCCAUUGCAGGGUCCUAGAGACACACGCCUGGACUUUUAUCUUGAAGAAUUUUGUUUUUCUUUCGACCAAGAGUAACGAGUUUUUACAGCUGACACACGACGAGCUAACACAGAUAUUACGAGCAGACGAACUGAUCAUCGAGACGGAAGACUACGCAUGCGCAGCUGUGGUGAAAUGGGUCGAUUUCCUUCAAGACGUACGGUCUGCUUAUCUCCCCCAAUUGCUGCCAUCCGUUAGGUUAGGACUGGUUUCCUUGGCGACGUACGACGCUCUCAUGCAGAAAUUUAGCGACUUACCAAUCGACUCAGAAUCUAUGUGUAUCCUACAGAAAGGUUACGAGCUUUGUCGAGGUUUUGACGACUCUCAGAUACGACCGCCUUUGUGCCAGUCUCUAGGCAACCCCCUCCUGAGGCCCCGAGUCCCGAACGAGGUUCUGUUUGUCCUUGGGGGCUGGUCACGUGACGGAGUGUGUGCCGACAUGGAGACAUACGAUAACAGAGUGGACAAAUGGUACGAGAACGAGAGCGAGUCUUACGAACACAGCUUGGCCUACCAUGCCAUGGUGACGGUGGACAUGACUCUCUACGUUAUUGGUGGCUACACAACGGUCAAAUAUCUCAACUCAGCCAAAAGAUUCGAGCCUUUAACAAAAACCUGGUCCGAGAUUGCGCCAAUGCACAGCAGCCGGUGUUACGUGUGUGCGGCGGAACUUGGGGGUUACAUCUACGCUUGCGGGGGCUUUGACGGCACCAACAGACACAGCUCCGUGGAGAAGUACUGUCCAGUGAAAAACCAGUGGCAGAUGGUCAGUGACAUGUCCAGCGUCCGGAGUGAUGCCGGAGCUUGUGGAGUCGAUGGAAAAUUGUACGUGGCAGGUGGUUUCAGUGGAACAGAAUGUUUGAAUACAGCAGAGUGCUACAACCCCCUCACCAAUCAAUGGACUCUCCUGACUCCCAUGAGCUGCCAAAGAAGCGGCGUCACAGUGGUGGCCUUUCAGCACGCGGUCUAUGCCAUUGGUGGAUUCAAUGGGUCGGUCAGGUUAGAUGAAGUGGAAAAGUACUACCCAGACAGAGGGGCGUGGCUUCCGGUGAAGGAGAUGCUGAAAGGAAGAAGUAACUUCGCAGCCGCCGUGAUAGAGAAUAAAAUAUUUGUGGUCGGGGGAUAUGACGGCUCCGGGACUACUGGUCACGUGGAAUAUUAUGAGAGUGACAAAGACGAGUGGACCGAGGCUGACUGCCUUCGCGUGGGAAGGAGUGCAGCAAGCGCCUGUACCAUCAAGGGUCUGGAGAACAUCCAGGACUACACCUUCUACGGCAAGGAGGCUCGCUUGGUAGCUCAGCCGGAAACGUUUGACUGGCAGGUACCAACACGGGCAGGCGGCAUUACAACAAGGUCAAGGAGCAAAAGGUCAUCCUAACAUUCUGUUGGACGUAACUCAUCCCGAAAUUAAUAUAUCAGAGUUCAUUCCCUUGUCAUAUUUAUGGCGCCAAACCAAAAUUAAACCUUUACGAAAGCAACGCCCAGGACAAAGAAAUAACGACAUUUUAGAAGUAAAGAAAGACAAUUUGAAACAUUUGGUCAAGAAGCACCAAAGGAUUGUGUGGGAACGAACGAGGCAAUAAAGAUUGGUGUGACCAAUGUGUUAGUUCUUGACUUGGCAAAUCUAAACAAAAUAAUAAUAGGCGUAUCACGAAUAGGAUUUGUUUUUUGUGUGCGAAGGGAGAGAGAAAGAGAGACAAGAGAAAGAGAGAUAAGAGAGAGAGAGAGAGAGAGAUAAGAGAGAGAGAGAUAGAUAGAUAAAAAAAAGAGAGAGAGAAAGAGAUAGAGAGAGACAUGAGAGAGAGAUCGGAGAGAGAGAUAAGAGAGAGAGAGAGAAAGAGAUAGAGAGACAUGAGAGAGAGAUAAGAGAGAGAGAAAGAGAGAGAGACAUGAGAGAGAGAGAAAAAGAGAGAGAGAGAAAGAGAGAUAAGAGAGAGAGAAAGAGAGAGAGAAAUCGGAGAGAGAGAGAUAAGAGAGAGAGAGAAAGAGAGAGAGACAUGAGAGAGAGAUAAGAGAGAGAGAGAAAGAGAUAGAGAGACAUGAGAGAGAGAUAAGAGAGAGAAAGAGAGAGGAGAGAGAGAAAGAGAGAUACGAGAGAAAGAGAGAUAAUAGAGAGAAAGAGAGACAUGAGAGAGAGAGGGAUAAGAGAGAGAGAGAGAGAUAAGAGAGAAAGAGAGACAAGAGAGAGAGAGACAAGAGAGAGAGAAAGGUGGGAGGGACUAGAAAAAUACGUUAUACUGCAAUAUUGAUAUUGUAUACUUCAAUUGUUAUUAUGGUGUAAGCUCUAUCUGUAUUGUGACUGACUUAAAACGAAAGUACGGAUUCUAGCGAUAGACAGCUGCAAGCAUCGGUUCGAAAUAUUUGUAUAUACAUAUUUAAGGAUUGCGUUUAAAUGACAAACCUGAUAAUUGCAAUACUUGUAUGUCUGUGCACACGUGACAUUCUGUAAUCAACGAUAUGUUUUGUUUUUCUUGCACUAGUCACAUUUCAUAAUAUGAACCUUUGAUAGAUAUACACAUAUAGUAGAUCUAUAACUUAUCAAAGGGUGACGCCAUUUUCAAAAACCUCCUUUUAAAAAAAAAAAAAAAGUUUUCUCACUUGAGCUUGUUACUUGAAUGCGGAGGAGGCCAUACUAUUUUUUUUUUAUUUAUGAGUGUUUAGUAUGUAUGGGUGUGUGUGUGUAUUUUCACUUAUGACUAUGUUGAAUAUAUCCCAAUCAUAAGGCUGUGUAUCAAUUUAAUAAUUCUCUCUCUUAUAGAGUUGGUUCUUAGACCUGUUUUUUUUUACUGUGUUUAUAUUUGAUAACAUUUAUUGUCACUUUGACCACUGCCCUUUCUUCUCCACCUCUUGAGAUUUUUUUCCUAAAUGAUGACAAUAAUUAAAAUAUCUGUGAUAUUAUUAUUUUCUUUGGAAGAGAAAAAUGAAUUCCAGGUCCAUGUGCAAUGUUAUUUCGUUUACAAUAAACUUCUUUCAUUCCGUCAAUUAGAAUUGGUCAGUGUAAUUUGAAUUUUUAGAAACAUAUGUUGAAUAAAUUAGAAUUUAUGUGUAAGCA